GGAGAAAAAUCAGAAUCGGAGUCAAUCAAGAUCAUCAUCUUGACACAUUUGCAAAUCAAUAAAAAGGGCCAAACAUUUCUUUCUCGAUUCUUCUUCAUCUUUUCAAACCCCUUUCUCCAGGAUUUCACCCAACUUAACUAAUUUUGCUGUUGGUUCUGAUUUGCCUAUCUACCAAAUUCAUACCAACAUGGCGGAUAUUCCCACUUCAGAUGGCUUGAAAGACUCGUCCUUGUAUUCAAAUGGAAGCCUAGAGGCAGUCAAUUCACUUGUUGUGUGCUUUGGCGAAAUGUUGAUCGAUUUUGUGCCUUCAGUUUCUGGAGUUUCACUUGCAGAAGCACCCGACUUUCAAAAAGCUCCUGGCGGAGCUCCUGCCAACGUUGCUGUUGGUAUAUCAAGAUUGGGAGGUUCGUCUGCUUUCAUAGGCAAGGUGGGCGAUGAUGAAUUUGGGCGCAUGUUAGCUGACAUUUUGAAGAAAAACAAAGUUAACAACUCUGGCAUGCGAUUUGACCAAAAUGCAAGAACAGCUCUGGCGUUUGUUACUCUCAGAGCCGAUGGAGAGAGGGAAUUUAUGUUUUUCCGUAAUCCUAGUGCAGAUAUGCUUCUUCAUGAAUCAGAACUUGAUGUCAAUCUUAUCAAGCAGGCAAGCAUAUUUCACUAUGGUUCUAUCAGUUUGAUAGAAGAGCCAUGCAAAUCAACACAUCUUGCUGCAAUGGCGUUAGCAAAGCAAUCCGGUAGCAUCCUCUCUUAUGAUGUGAAUUUGAGAUUACCAUUAUGGCCAUCAGAAGAUGCGGCUCGAGAGGGCAUAAUGAGCAUAUGGGAUCAAGCAGAUGUCAUUAAGGUAAGUGAGGAUGAAAUUACUUUUUUGACUGGGGGCGAUGAUCCUUAUGAUGAUAAAGUGGUAUUGGAUAAGCUUUUUCAUCCCAACCUUAAGCUUUUGCUUGUAAGUGAAGGGCCACAUGGCUGCAGAUAUUAUACACAGAAAUUUAAGGGUAGAGUUCCUGGUGUUAAAGUAAAGUCUGUUGAUACUACAGGUGCCGGAGAUGCAUUUGUUGGUGGCAUUUUGAGCAUCUUAGCUUCGGAUACGAAUCUUUAUAAGGAUGAGAAGAGACUAAGGGAUGCGCUUCUCUUUGCAAACGCGUGUGGGGCCUUAACCGUAACCAAGAAAGGAGCAAUUCCAGCCAUGCCCACGAGAGAGGAAGUUCACAAAAUCCUGAAACAUGAAUGAGUUGAUGUUUCUUAUGUUGUUUUGUACCUGUUAAUAAGAUUAGCUCGUUUCCGCGCACCCUUUUUUUCUGGAACGGGUGGCGAAAAAAGGUUAUUUGAAUUGAACCCUGAAAUGUAUAAGUCUUAUCUUCAUUGGAAAUUGAAGGUAGCAGUUGUAGUUGUAAACUGAAGGGGGAGUUUUGUAUGUCAUAUUGAAGACAGCCAUGGAUGGAGCAUGGAGUCUGUACCAGAAGUAUCAACACUGUUGGUAAGGAUAUGUUGUUUGAUCCAUUUGUAGGGAACUUUUGACUGGUGAAAUUGUAUGGAAUAAGUUUUAACAAUCUUUAUGGGAAAAGAAGCUUUGUAUCGUGA